AUGAAAUCGCUUGUGGUGAUAUUACUUUUGGUCGCAACGGUAUAUGUACCAUAUGCAGAAGGUGCCGCAAAUGCUACAACAGCUACAAGUAGGAGAGGCGGGAGUCACCUCCGGUACAAGACGAUUCUGGAUAUCAGUGGCAAUUCCUCAAGACGAGUCCGACAUGGUCGCAUCCUGACGUUAUCGGGCAACACGUGGGGCGGACUGGACGUGCCAUUGGCAGAUCGUCAAAAUACUCUGAAAACACGGUCGACGCAUUUCAUGUAUACCACCGUGGUCAGCUUUUUGGCCUGGAAACACAUUGUCAAUCGCGACGGAUCCGUUCUGCCGGAUUUGCCGUUAUGGCUGGAAGGAUGCGACGAUUUGCAACUCGACUAUGCCUCUCGGGACUCGCAGUUUUCGGCGCAAGUGGCAGUCCAACAACUCUUGCUGGAGAGUGCCAAUGAUGAUGAUAAAGACGGCAAAGCAGUACCGUUUGCCGUCAAUGGCGCCAUUUUCUCCAGUGUCUCUAUCCAGACCGAAAAGGUCAGUAGUGGACUCGAUAUCGCACAAGUGUCAGGCGGGUCUUCGUCGCAAUCACUCGACCAAAACCGAAUCUUUGCCCGCACCGUCAGUACCGAUGGCAGUCGCUCCGAUGCCAUGAUUACCUUUCUGAAGGAUCACUUAAACGCGACCCAUGUGGCCUGCAUUUACGUACAAAACGCAUGGGGGAACUCCUAUUUUGUCAACCUGUCGCGACAAGCCAAACGGUUGGGGGUCAAACUAUCCGGCUUUCCAUUCCUGAACAUUGAGGAAAAGGAGCGCAACGAACUCGAUGUCAAUGCCACCAUGGCCCGUCUCAAAGACUCGGGGCUCCGCUACGUCAUUGGCGUCUUUGCGGGGGAGAACGUCGACUUUAUGACGGCCGCAUACCGGUAUCACAAUGGCAUUGCCGGCAAUCAGGACUACGUCUGGCUCUUGAAUCUGGCCAAGGGAUACGAAAAACCCGACUUUGAAGUUUCCAAACAAACCAAUCCGGAAUUAGCCAAGGUCAUUGAUGGAAUCUUUUAUAUUAUUGAAGACAUUACCGAUCGACCGCAUGUCGAUGCCCUUUACGCACAAGUCGAUGCCUUUACCAACAGCACUCAACUCAAACGAGAAUUCCUACAAACCCAUGCGGAACCAGAGAUAUUUGACAACUUUUCCUUUCCUUAUCCCGCACUCAAAACACCUGUUUUGCACACCUUUUACGAUGCCAUGAUCAGUAUCGGACUGGCCGCCUGUCGCACUCCGGGACUCUUCACGGGGGAGGAACUCUAUCAUACCCUCCUACAUUCUCCUCCGUUUAUCGGUGCUUCUGGCAAUGUUACCUUCAACAAGGAAACGGGGACACGAGACAGUGAAACCAUUCGAUGGAAUAUCGGAAACGUCUUUUCAUCUCCACAAAAGUCCGACCAAAACUAUACUCGAUAUGAUGCCACCAUUGUGGCCACGGUCUAUGGUGGCCGCGCCCACGCGACAAAAAAGCCCCUCCCCGUCUUUUACGGCAACACGACGAUUCGACCCCCCGCGGUGCCGCCCAUUACAACAGACGGACAGCUCUUUGGCUGGAUCCUCGCCGCUGCCACCAUGGCAUUUAGUCUGGCGCUCUUGGCGUGGACUGUGUAUAAUCGGACCAUUUAUGCCAUUGCCACGGCGCAACCCAUCUUUCUGUGUAUUUUGUGCUGUGGGACCUUUGUCAUGAUGUCGGCCAUUAUUCCGCUCGGAAUUGUGCAGGGUGGUGGGAAUCUGGACCUGGAAUCCAUGAUGACUUCCUCAUCAAGCACGCCGUCGCCGUCGUUGGAUCGAGUCUGCAUGUCCAUCCCGUGGCUGGUCGUAUUGGGCUUUGUCAUUGCACUGUCGGCGCUCUCCUGCAAGACGUGGAGAAUCAACAAGCUAAUGGACUCUGGGUUGCAGAUGAGGCGGAUCCUGGUGACGGAGCGCGACGCCAUGUGGCAGUUCGCGGUUUACUUCCCCAGCAACGUCGCCAUGCUGGUGGCGUGGACAUUGUACCGACCGCUGCGGUACCACCGGAUCGCCGUCGACAAUGUGGAUCCAUUUGGUCGAAACUUGGAAUCCUACGGCACCUGCAAAUCCUCCGAUUCUCAAUUUCUCAUUUUCGUCAUUUCGAUCAUGGUGGUCGACCUGCUCGGUGUAGCGGUGGCAACUUACCAGAGCUAUAAGGCCCGCAAUCUGCCCACGGAAUUCUCGGAAUCUUCCUACCUGGCGCUCAGCAUGGCUUCCUUGGUGGAAUCCAUGGCCCUGGGCGUUCCGAUCCUCAUCAUGAGCCUGGACGAUCCGACGGCAUUCUAUAUCGUGUUCUCUCUGUUGCUGUGCGUCUUGGCCAUGACGAUAUUGCUUCCCAUUUUUGUCCCCAAGUUCUUGAACCGCAAUGCCACCCGACCCAAAAACAUGUCGCUGCUCUUGUCGCCUUCGGCCAGGAAUUUAAGGACGAAUGGAAGUGUUGCACUUUCUUCCUUUCUAAUGGCGAGUACGAAAUUUCGUCCCCCCAUGGAGGAGGAGGAGGAUCAGGAUCAGGCGCUACUACAGGCAGUGGAGGAAGAACCGGAGGAACGUGUAUGGGGGAAAAUGAGAGUGUAUAGAACGGAACAGGAGAAGCAAAAACGACGAGAAGGCAACGUGUCGGGAUCGUACCGAACGGAUGAGCAAAGAAGACGAGAAGGAGAAUCCAGGUCAAGAUCUGGAGAAAUUUCUGUCAGACCCCCGAGAUCCGCUCGACUGGCAACGGCAUCCCACAGCAAUACAGUUUCCUCGUUCGCUCUGAGAUCUGGAGAAAUGUCAGGGAGAUCUGGAGAAAUGUCAGCGAGAUCCGGAGAAACGAGAUCCGGAGACAUGUCGGCGAGAUCUGGUUUGAUGAGGGCGAGAUCUGGAGAACUGUCGGUGAGAUUCGCAGGAGUUGAAGAACCAGAAGGUUUAGACAGCGGUGUGCAAU